AUGGAUCCAAAGAAUAUUGAGCGGCAUCUUAUUUCUGAAAAGGACUGGAGUCUCAAGGGGGAAAUCAGGGCAAGCGGCAGGCCAGUAAAUUCAUUGCUGAAGGCUGAUGUAGACUUCGAAACUCGCCUCAUCAACAUUCCUAUUACGAAGGACGAAAACUCUCUUAUUUUUAAAUACAUUACACAACGAUAUAGAGAAAAGACAUUUGAUAACUACGAAUUCAAGGAACUAAAGCCAAAGAUUGAGGAAGAGGCCUAUGAUUUAGAGUUGAUUGAGACAAACAAGGAGAUUUUUGAGCUUUAUGAGAAAAUUGAGACCUCAAUUAAAAAGAUGUACUGUGGAUCCUGA